GCCCGGCUGCCGAGCGCGGAGGCUCCGUCACGUGUUUUUCUCCUCCGAGUGAGACGGCGGCGCAGUCGGAGGGGGCCGGCGCGCAGAGCCAGACGCCGCCGCUUGUUUUGGUUGGGGCUCUCGGCAACUCUCCGAGGAGGAGGAGGAGGAGGGAGGAGGGGAGAAGUAACUGCAGCGGCAGCGCCUCCCGAGGAACAGGCGUCUUCCCCGAACCCUUCCCAAACCUCCCCCAUCGCCUCUCGCCCUUGUCCCCUCCCCUCCUCGCCAGCCGCCUGGAGCGAGGGGCAGGGAUGAGCCUGUCCCUCCGGCCGGUCCCCAGCUGCACUGGCUGCCCGGUAGCGUUUCGCAUGGAAAAGCCACUUUCUCCGCCCGCCGAGAUGGGCCCGGAUGGGGGCUGCAGAGGACGCGCCCGCGGGCGGCGGCAGCAGCAGCAGCAGCAGCAACAGCAACAGCAACAGCCGCAGCGCCGCGGUCUCUGCGAUUGAGCUGGUAUUUGGGCGGCUGGUGGCGGCUGGGACGGUUGGGGGGUGGGAGGAGGCGAAGGAGGAGGAGGGAGAACCCCGUGCAACGUUGGGACUUGGCAACCCGCCUCCCCCUGCCCAAGGAUAUUUAAUUUGCCUCGGGAAUCGCUACUUCCAGAGGGGAACUCAGGAGGGAAGGCGCGCGCGCGCGCGCGCUCCUGGAGGGGCACCGCAGGGACCCCCGACUGUCGCCUCCCUGUGCCGGACUCCAGCCGGGGCGACGAGAGAUGCAUCUUCGCUCCUUCCUGGUGGCGGCGGCGGCUAAGAGGAGACUUGGCUCUCGGAGGAUCGGGGCUGCCCUCACCCCGGACGCACUGCCUCCCCGCCGGGCGUGAAGCGCCCGAAAACUCCGGUCGGGCUCUCUCCUUGGCUCAGCAGCUGCGUCCUCCUUCAGCUGCCCCUCCCCGGCGCGGGGGGCGGCGUGGAUUUCAGAGUCGGGGUUUCUGCUGCCUCCAGCCCUGUUUGCAUGUGCGGGGCCGCGGCGAGGAGCCUCCGCCCCCCACCCGGUUGUUUUUCGGCGCCUCCCUCUGCUCAGCGGCGGUGGUGGCGGUGGCAGCAUGGCGAGCCCUCCGGAGAGCGAUGGCUUCUCGGACGUGCGCAAGGUGGGCUACCUGCGCAAACCCAAGAGCAUGCACAAACGCUUCUUCGUACUGCGCGCGGCCAGCGAGGCUGGGGGCCCGGCGCGCCUCGAGUACUACGAGAACGAGAAGAAGUGGCGGCACAAGUCGAGCGCCCCCAAACGCUCGAUCCCCCUUGAGAGCUGCUUCAACAUCAACAAGCGGGCUGACUCCAAGAACAAGCACCUGGUGGCUCUCUACACCCGGGACGAGCACUUUGCCAUCGCGGCGGACAGCGAGGCCGAGCAAGACAGCUGGUACCAGGCUCUCCUACAGCUGCACAACCGUGCUAAGGGCCACCACGACGGAGCUGCGGCCCUCGGGGCGGGAGGUGGUGGGGGCAGCUGCAGCGGCAGCUCCGGCCUUGGUGAGGCUGGGGAGGACUUGAGCUACGGUGACGUGCCCCCAGGACCCGCAUUCAAAGAGGUCUGGCAAGUGAUCCUGAAGCCCAAGGGCCUGGGUCAGACAAAGAACCUGAUUGGUAUCUACCGCCUUUGCCUGACCAGCAAGACCAUCAGCUUCGUGAAGCUGAACUCGGAGGCAGCGGCCGUGGUGCUGCAGCUGAUGAACAUCAGGCGCUGUGGCCACUCGGAAAACUUCUUCUUCAUCGAGGUGGGCCGUUCUGCCGUGACGGGGCCCGGGGAAUUCUGGAUGCAGGUGGAUGACUCCGUGGUGGCCCAGAACAUGCACGAGACCAUCCUGGAGGCCAUGCGGGCCAUGAGUGAUGAGUUCCGCCCUCGCAGCAAGAGCCAGUCCUCGUCCAACUGCUCUAACCCCAUCAGCGUCCCCCUGCGCCGGCACCAUCUCAACAAUCCCCCGCCCAGCCAGGUGGGGCUGACCCGCCGAUCGCGCACUGAGAGCAUCACCGCCACCUCCCCGGCCAGCAUGGUGGGCGGGAAGCCAGGCUCCUUCCGUGUCCGCGCCUCCAGUGACGGCGAAGGCACCAUGUCCCGCCCAGCCUCGGUGGACAGCAGCCCUGUGAGUCCCAGCACCAACAGAACCCACGCCCACCGGCAUCGGGGCAGCGCCCGGCUGCACCCCCCGCUCAACCACAGCCGCUCCAUCCCCAUGCCGGCUUCCCGCUGCUCGCCUUCGGCCACCAGCCCAGUCAGUCUGUCGUCCAGUAGCACCAGUGGCCAUGGCUCCACCUCGGAUUGUCUCUUCCCACGGCGAUCUAGUGCUUCGGUGUCUGGUUCCCCCAGCGAUGGCGGUUUCAUCUCCUCGGAUGAGUACGGCUCCAGUCCCUGCGAUUUCCGGAGUUCCUUCCGCAGUGUCACUCCGGAUUCCCUGGGCCACACCCCACCAGCCCGCGGUGAGGAGGAGCUAAGCAACUAUAUCUGCAUGGGUGGCAAGGGGCCCUCCACCCUGACCGCCCCCAACGGUCACUACAUUUUGUCUCGGGGUGGCAAUGGCCACCGCUACACCCCAGGAACAGGCUUGGGCACGAGUCCAGCCUUGGCUGGGGAUGAAGCAGCCAGUGCUGCAGAUCUGGAUAAUCGGUUCCGAAAGAGAACUCACUCGGCAGGCACAUCCCCUACCAUUACCCACCAGAAGACCCCGUCCCAGUCCUCAGUGGCUUCCAUUGAGGAGUAUACAGAGAUGAUGCCUGCCUACCCACCAGGAGGUGGCAGUGGAGGCCGACUGCCGGGACACAGGCACUCCGCCUUCGUGCCCACUCACUCCUACCCAGAGGAGGGUCUGGAAAUGCACCCCUUGGAGCGUCGGGGGGGGCACCACCGCCCAGAGAGCUCCACCCUCCACACGGAUGAUGGCUACAUGCCCAUGUCCCCAGGGGUGGCUCCAGUGCCCAGCGGCCGAAAGGGCAGUGGAGACUAUAUGCCCAUGAGCCCCAAGAGCGUGUCUGCCCCACAGCAGAUCAUCAAUCCCAUCAGACGCCAUCCCCAGAGAGUGGACCCCAAUGGCUACAUGAUGAUGUCCCCCAGCGGCGGCUGCUCUCCUGACAUUGGAGGUGGCCCCAGCAGCAGCAGCAGCAGCAGCAAUGCCAUCCCUUCCGGGACCAGCUAUGGAAAGCUGUGGACAAACGGGGUAGGGGGUCACCACUCUCAUGUCUUGCCUCACCCCAAACCCCCAGUGGAGAGCAGUGGUGGUAAGCUCUUACCUUGCACAAGUGACUACAUGAACAUGUCACCAGUGGGGGACUCCAACACCAGCAGCCCCUCCGACUGCUACUACGGCCCUGAGGACCCCCAGCACAAGCCAGUCCUCUCCUACUACUCAUUACCAAGAUCCUUUAAGCACACCCAGCGCCCCGGGGAGCCGGAGGAGGGUGCCCGGCAUCAGCACCUCCGCCUUUCCACUAGCUCUGGUCGCCUUCUCUAUGCUGCAACAGCGGAUGAUUCUUCCUCUUCCACCAGCAGCGACAGCCUGGGUGGGGGAUACUGCGCCGCUAGGCUGGAGCCCAGCCUUCCACAUCCCCACCAUCAGGUUCUGCAGCCCCAUCUGCCUCGAAAGGUGGACACGGCUGCUCAGACCAAUAGCCGCCUGGCCCGGCCCACGAGGCUGUCCCUGGGGGAUCCCAAGGCCAGCACCUUACCUCGGGCCCGAGAGCAGCAGCAGCAGCAGCAGCCCUUGCUGCACCCUCCAGAGCCCAAGAGCCCGGGGGAAUAUGUCAAUAUUGAAUUUGGGAGUGAUCAGCCUGGCUACUUGUCUGGCCCGGUGGCUUCCCACAGCUCACCUUCUGUCAGGUGUCCAUCCCAGCUCCAGCCAGCUCCCAGAGAGGAAGAGACUGGCACUGAGGAGUACAUGAAGAUGGACCUGGGGCCGGGCCGGAGGGCAGCCUGGCAGGAGAGCACUGGGGUCGAGAUGGGCAGACUGGGCCCUGCACCUCCCGGGGCUGCUAGCAUUUGCAGGCCUACCCGGGCAGUGCCCAGCAGCCGGGGUGACUACAUGACCAUGCAGAUGAGUUGUCCCCGUCAGAGCUACGUGGACACCUUGCCAGCUGCCCCUGUAAGCUAUGCUGACAUGCGGACAGGCAUUGCUGCAGAGGAGGUGAGCCUGCCCAGGGCCACCAUGGCUGCUGCCUCCUCAUCCUCAGCAGCCUCUGCUUCCCUGACUGGGCCUCAAGGGGCAGCAGAGCUGGCUGCCCACUCGUCCCUGCUGGGGGGCCCACAAGGACCUGGGGGCAUGAGCGCCUUCACCCGGGUGAACCUCAGUCCUAACCGCAACCAGAGUGCCAAAGUGAUCCGUGCAGACCCACAAGGGUGCCGGCGGAGGCAUAGCUCCGAGACUUUCUCCUCAACACCCAGUGCCACCCGGGUGGGCAACACAGUGCCCUUUGGAGCGGGGGCAGCAGUAGGGGGCGGUGGCGGUAGCAGCAGCAGCAGCGAGGAUGUGAAACGCCACAGCUCUGCUUCCUUUGAGAAUGUGUGGCUGAGGCCUGGGGAGCUUGGGGGAGCCCCCAAGGAGCCAGCCCAACUGUGUGGGGCUGCUGGGGGUUUGGAGAAUGGUCUUAACUACAUAGACCUGGAUUUGGUCAAGGACUUCAAACAGUGCGCUCAGGAGUGCACCCCUGAACCGCAGCCUCCCCCACCCCCACCCCCUCAUCAACCCCUGGGCAGCGGUGAGAGCAGCUCCAUCCGCCGCUCAAGUGAGGAUUUAAGCGCCUAUGCCAGCAUCAGUUUCCAGAAGCAGCCAGAGGACCGUCAGUAGCUCAACUGGACAUCACAGCAGAAUGAAGACCUAAAUGACCUCAGCAAAUCCUCCUCUAACUCAUGGGUACCCAGACUCUAAAUAUUUCAUGAUUCACAACUAGGACCUCAUGUCUUCCUCAUCAGUAGAUGGUACGAUGCAUCCAUUUCAGUUUGUUUACUUUAUCCAAUCCUCAGGAUUUCAUUGACUGAACUGCACGUUCUAUAUUGUGCCAAGCGAAAAAAAAAAAUGCACUGUGACACCAGAAUAAUGAGUCUGCAUAAACUUCAUCUUCAACCUUAAGGACUUAGCUGGCCACAGUGAGCUGAUGUGCCCACCACCGUGUCAUGAGAGAAUGGGUUUACUCUCAAUGCAUUUUCAAGAUACAUUUCAUCUGCUGCUGAAACUGUGUACGACAAAGCAUCAUUGUAAAUUAUUUCAUACAAAGCUGUUCACGUUGGGUGGAGAGAGUAUUAAAUAUUUAACAUAGGUUUUGAUUUAUAUGUGUAAUUUUUUAAAUGAAAAUGUAACUUUUCUUACAGCACAUCUUUUUUUGGAUGUGGGAUGGAGGUAUACAAUGUUCUGUUGUAAAGAGUGGAGCAAAUGCUUAAAACAAGGCUUAAAAGAGUAGAAUAGGGUAUGAUCCUUGUUUUAAGAUUGUAAUUCAGAAAACAUAAUGUAAGAAUCAUAGUGCCAUAGAUGGUUCUCAAUUGUAUAGUUAUAUUUGCUGAUACUAUCUCUUGUCAUAUAAACCUGAUGUUGAGCUGAGUUCCUUAUAAGAAUUAAUCUUAAUUUUGUAUUUUUUCCUGUAAGACAAUAGGCCAUGUUAAUUAAACUGAAGAAGGAUAUAUUUGACUGGGUGUUUUCAAAUGUCUGCUGAAAAUUGGUAAUUGAAUGGAAGCAAAAUUAUAAGAAGAGGAAAUUAAAGUCUUCCAUUGCAUAUAUUGUAAACAGAUGGAGAUGGGUGAUUCCUUCAAAUCAAAAGCUCUCUUUGGAAUGAACAAUGUGGGCGUUUGUAAAUUCUGGAAAUGUCUUUCUAUUCAUAAUAAACUAGAUACUGUUGAUCUUUU